AUGGAACAUCGCUUCAAAAAAGUCAACCACGACGGAAUAAAAUGUUCCGUAAUUUUAGCCACGAAACUUUUUCUUUCAUUCUUUAUCCUGCUAUAUUUUGGUGGACGUCUUGUUGUUGGCAACAAAGAUAUUCCAUGUUGUCACGAGAUUUGGAAAGACCUUGGAAACGAUUUGGCAGACUGGCGCGAGCGAUGUUUGGACGGAGAUCACGAAAUUAAUUCAUCAUGUUGUCAAGCGGAAAAAGAAUAUUUUGAAGAAAGGAGACGCAGCCACAGACAGAUGUGUUUUUAUGAAGGUACAAGAUCAUAG